AUGAAAACCAUUGGAAUUUGCAUCCCAACCAUUGAAGGCGGGGUCAUCGCCCAUCAAGAAAUCGGACGAGAAGCAGCGCGGCGGGGCAUUGCUUACCCUCAAAUAGUCACCCACACUCCUGUUUACGGAGACCUGGAACAAGCACUCAAGUCCGGUGACAAUCAGUCACUGGUCGAAUUGAUAGCCGACUCGAUCAACCGCACCGCCAAAGCUGGUGCGGAGUUCGCCAUCAUCAGUGCCAACACUCCACACAUCGUUUUCGACGACAUUGUGGCCCAGUCAAACAUCCCUAUUCUUAGUAUCCUCGAUGUCGCUGCAAAUCACUGCAAAGGGCAAGGCUACAAGAACGUUGGAGUACUAGGCACAACCUGGACUGUCAAAAACGGUCUCUAUGAUGGUCCGCUACAGAAGAGGGGCAUGGCUGCGGUCUAUGCGUCUGACAAUGACCAGGCAAUUGUCAUGGAUGCAAUUUUACACGAGUUGAUUAGUGGAAUCUUCCUGGAAGAGACGAGCAGCGAGUUAGUGCGCAUUGCGGAGGAACUUGCUACACGAUGUGAUGGUAUUAUCCUUGGAUGUACCGAGUUGCCGCUUGUUCUCACAGAACAAAACUGCGGAAUCGAAGUUGUUGAUACAACACGGCUUCUCUCCCAUGCGGCUCUCGAUUUUGCGAAAGAUUGA